CGAGGCCGGAGGCAGCGGCAGCAGCGAGGGGUGGCAGGCCGCCAACCUUACCUUCUCCCACCUCGCCAUGGUGGAGGAGGCGGUGUGCGCGCGAGCCAAGGUGUUCGUGGGAACCAAGGAAAGCAGCAUGACGGGCACAAUCGUGCAAGAGCGCCUAGCCCACCAGCUGCCCCCGGGGGACUCCUACUGCUUCUUCCGCCGCCCCGGUUUCGAGCAGCGGCCCAUCUCCGUACCCGAGUAUUACGUAAUCAACAACCGUACGGCGACCCGCGGCAGUGACCUGUGGCGCACACGGCUGGAGGAGAAGGGGCUUGAGGGUGGGAGGCAGGAUAAUGGUGGCAGGGGCGCGGUGCAGCAGUCCGUAUCUGCGGUCGUGUGAAAUGUUGUGGAUGAACGAUGGUUUGUAAGGGUUUGUGAGGUCGGGAGGGAAGUGAUUGUUGGCCGUAGCACCGGGACUCCUGCGUGCCAUGCACAAUGUUGGGUAUCUGCAAAGGAGAGGUGGAAGUUGACUGGUGGUCCGAGGGCCAUCAGGCCGCCUGAGUGUCUCGUUAAGCAGUUGGUGGAUUGUGUCGAGGGCAGGUAGAGGGGGCUCAGCACCUCCUGCGAAUUACCUAUCUUGCGUGUGGUAUUAACGGUACCGGUAUACUGUCUGGCCACUAGAGUGACGAAAGAAUCCGCAUGUUCGUAUGGGUCGGAUCCCGCUGUCAUAGAGACAGUGGUCAAGGCGGGGGUGGGCUGAGGUGGGCCCUUCUCACCCUUCUUGCGUGUUGUUGGCGGGCGGCUGCACUGUUUUGGCCUCGUUCUGAUUCUGCAAGGUAGGGUGUCCUACUGGGCUCCUCUGGCGUUUGCCCGCGCUGCUGCCUGUGUUGGGGUUCUGUUUUUCGGGCGAUGUUGUCGCGGUCUUUUUAGAGGAUGUGUGUUUUGGUGUUUUGCCCUAAUGUUUGCUUGUACAUGUUUCUGCUGAGGGGUCGUUUUUUGGCUUCCACCCUCAAAUUUUAUGUCUCUUGUGGUCCCUUUUGGGUUUUGUUGCCUGUUUCCUGUUGGCCCGUUGUGGUGUUGUCUUCGCGGCGUGUUCCGUUUCUCUUGCAGUGUAGGGUUAGGUUCAUCACCCGUGUUCCCUUUUAGGGAACCAUUGUAACGGUC